AUGAACGUCGAGUUCCAAAAGACUCUUUCGAAUCUGGAAGAUAAACUCAAUGCCCUCAUAACCAGCCUUACAAUCUCGCCGACCGCCUCAGGAGCUCCUGCAGCAGCCCUUGCACUACUUGACGCGGACGACUCGCUCACAUCUGCCAUUGAGACGCUUCGCCGGCACCAGGAGAACUACGCCAGAAUUCUAAAACUUCGCGCGGAGGCUGAGAGUCUGGAGGAGAAGGUCAAAGGUGUCGUGAGAGACGUUGUGGGCUACGAGAAGGAGAUUCGAAGGAUCUGCGGCGACGACGAGGCGAGCGAUUCGGAUGCGGAGGACGUUUCCGACGAUGAUGAUCUGGAUUACGGCGGCGAUCAAAUGCAAACCAAGCCAGUCGGUCUGCGAAAAACAAAGGAGAUUGAUUACAAGUUACUGCUGGACUUUGCGCGACGGAUUAGCAAGUAUAACCACCAAGCCGCGGCGGAUGCAGCUGCCAACGCCACUCAGGCUGUCAAAGCACGGGAAAGGAGUCUACAACCUGACGAUCAGGACAUGGCAAUGACGGGUGUAAAUGGUGGCCUUGGUGUGGAGGAAGGCGCAGAACCGGUCUCAUCCGUCACGAAGGAAGCGACAUCCUGGCUCGAUGAAUCGGCGAAGAUGACCCGCCAGGUUUACAUGAUUCCAUAUCCGAUGGAAGACCGUAUUCGGAUGGGCCUGAUGGGUCAGAUACAGCUGACCGCUGCCGAAGGUCGGCCGGGGUUUGAUCCCGAUCAGGAGGUGGAACGAUUGAUACGCGAGGCUGAGGGUCUGGGAUCUACAGAGCCGGUGGUUCCUGCACCGCAGCCUAUGGGUGAGGAGAGGAGACAUGCGAAUGAAGCUGCCAAGGCUGCAGCUCAUGCAGGCGCGGCGAGCAGCGGAGCUACAGCCGCACCAGCGCCAGCGCCUAAGCCCAAGGCAACUCUGGAUCUUGAUCUCUACGACCCUGACGAUGACGACAUGAUGUGA